AAGAGCACUUAGCAAAGCCAACAUUGACCAAAGAAACAACUUUAAGAUUUAACAAGCAUAAAGCUCUUCCUGAUUCUACUUUCAUACAACACAACACAGCCCAAACUCACUCUUGCUGAUCAGUUGCUUUACAUCUUUCUGUUUGCAAUUCAAGAGCUUGCUUUCCAUAUCCAUGGCUGAACUGAUUGCUGGAGCCUUUUUCACCGCUUCUUUUGAGCGGUUCUUUAAUAUGAUUCUUUCUGGAGACAUUCUCAAAUUUGUUAGUGGAAAGAAACUCAAUGAUGGGAUGCUCAAGAAGUUCAAGACCAUGUUGCUAUCUGUUAAGGCACUGCUGAAUGAUGCUGAGAAGAAGCAAAUAUCCGACCCAGAUGUGAGGCAGUGGCUGGAUGAGCUCAAAGACACCAUGUACCAUGCAGAGGACUUGGCGUAUGAGAUCGAGACUGAAGCUUUGCGAUGCAAGAUUGAAGGUGGUCAGUCUGGAAGCCGCAUAUUCCAGGUAUUUAACUUCUCAUCUAGAUUCAAUAUUAAGAAUCUUGAAGAUAGGAUAGUGGAGAUCGUUCACACACUUGAAGGCGUUGUAAGCCAAAAAGAUCUCCUUGGUUUGAUUCCAUCAGAAGGUGUUCAUCAGAGUAGAUCUUCAUCAUCUUCUCCACAACUACUACCUGUGGAAGAAGAAUCAGAUAUUUAUGGCAGAGACCAUGACAAAACUGUCAUCGUCAAGCUGCUGCUGUCUGAUGAUGAUCAUGAUGAUGUGGUAGGUAGUAAUAAGAUAUCUGUAAUUCCCAUUGUGGGCAUGGGCGGUAUUGGCAAGACUACCCUUGCUCAACUUGGUUAUAAUGAUGCCAAUGUGGUGAAAAAGUUUGACCUCAAAGCUUGGGUUACAGUGUCAGACGAAUUUGAUGUUUUCACAUUGACAAAAACAAUUUUUGAAACGAUAACUGUGCAAAAGGAUUGCAGUAUCAAGCAUCCACAUCAACUUCAAUGUGAAUUAAAAAAGGCUAUAGAAGGGAAGAAGUUUCUCUUCGUUCUAGACGAUGUUUGGAACGAAAAUUAUAACCUUUGGGAUAACUUAAGGAGUCAAUUUACAUUUGGAGCAUCGGGGAGUAAAAUCAUUGUGACUACACGCAAUGAAAAGAUUGGAUCUAUGAUGGGUACCGCUCCCAUUCAUUAUCUUGGAAUAAUAUCAGAUGAAGAUAGUUGGCAAUUAUUUGCAAAACAUGCAUUCCAAAAAAUAAUAGAUCGAAGUGCACUUCAAGAGUUUGAAGAAAUCGGUAGAAACAUUGUUAGAAAAUGCAAUGGCCUUCCUUUGGCUAUUAAAUCACUUGGUGGUCUUUUAUGCUCCAAGAUGCAUAUCGAUGAAUGGGAAGAUAUACUAAACAGCGACACUUGGAAGAUGCAGGAGUGUAAUAUUCUUCCCGCUCUUUGGUUGAGCUACAACUAUUUGCCUCCACAUCUUAAACGUUGUUUUGCUUAUUGUUCAAUUUUUCCUAAGGAUUUUGAAAUUAGAAAGGAAAUAUUAAUUCUGUUAUGGAUGGCAGAAGAUCUGUUACGACCCCAACAAAACAUGACUCUAGAAGAAAUUGGAGAGAAAUACUUUAAUGAUCUCAUAUCAAGGUCAUUCAUUCAUCAUACUAAAGAUUUUUUAUUCCCUGAUAUCAGUCAUUACCAUAUGCAUGACCUUGUUAACGAUUUGGCUAGCUUUGUUUCAGGAGAAUUUUGUUUGAGGAUGGAUGAUGGCUCCUUAAAAGGUAUCACAAAGAAGACUCGUCAUUUGUCUUGCUUGACAUCCAAGAGCCACGAUGUCAAGAAACUAGAGGAAUAUUUAUCCGAAAAUAAGGUGUUGCGCACUCUAUUGUUUGAAUCUCUAUUAUUUGCCGAACAAUCUUUGGCAAAUCUUGAACAAUAUCUGCAAAGGAUGGGAUGUCUAAGAGUCCUUUCUCUAUCUAAUCCUGUUCAAAUAAGCUAUGCUGCAAUUCCUAUUACGACAAGCCUUGAUUUGAUUGGCAAUUUGAAGCUUUUAAAGUAUUUAAAUUUAUCCAGCACCGAUAUUGAAGAAUUACCCGAUACAAUUUGUAUUCUUUACAAUUUGCAGAGUCUCCUGUUAAGUGAGUGUAGACGUCUUUAUAGGUUGUCUAGCUCAAUCGGCAAUUUGAAGCACCUAAGAUACUUGAACUUGGCAAUGUGUAGUGAGAUUAAAGAGAUACCUGAUGCACUGUGUGAUUUGCACGAUCUGCAUACUCUGAUUUUGAGCAAUUGUAAUUCUCUUUCUCGUUUACCAACCGAUAUGUCAAGAUUGGUCAACCUGCAUUAUCUGUCCUUUUUCGGUACUGCGGUGAGAGAGAUGCCACCGCAAAUGGGCAAAUUGAAACAUCUGCAAUGUUUAACACCCGCCUUUCUUGUAGACAAAAAUGGUGGAUGCAAUAUUAGAGAGUUGGGUAAUCUUCAUGAUCUGCGUGAUUCUCUUACGAUCGAAAAUCUUGAAAAUAUAAUGAACGUUGGAGAUGUUAGGGAGGCCAAAUUGAAAGAUAAAAGGUAUAUUACAGAGGUUCAAUUAGAGUGGGGUGGUCAAACAGAUGAUUCAGAGAAAGCACGAGAGAUACUUGACGGGCUUCAACCUCACACAAACGUCCAAAAACUAGGAAUAAGAAAUUACAAAGGUACAAGGUUUCCAAGUUGGAUAGGGCAUCAUUCAUUCAGUCACAUAGUGUAUCUGUCUCUAUCUGGAUGUAGUAAUUGUUAUUUGCUGCCGCCGCUUGGACAGCUACCUUCCCUGAAAGAUCUUUAUUUUUGGGGAUUUGAAAUGGUGGAAAGAAUAGGUGAUGAAUUUUAUUAUUCCUGCAGCAGCAACAGUAGUAGCGGUUCUUCUUUCAUGAUUAAUGCACCAGUACUAGUACCAUUCAAGUCCUUGGAAUCUUUGUACCUUAAUGGUUUCAGUGAAUUAAGAGAAUGGAAGGAGUGGUCAUUAACGAUGGGAGGAGGUGAAGGUACUGGAGCUUUCCCACAACUCAAAAUGCUUCAAUUAUCAUGCUGUCCGAAGAUAAAUGGGGACUCCUUACCUUCUAAUUUUCCAUCCCACACAACUCUUCGAAUCUGGGACGGAUGCCAACCACUGGUGACUUCACUCCAAAGUCAUCAACUUCCAUGGCUGUGUGAAUUGGAGCUAUAUUGUUGUUCAGGCGUGGUGUCAUUUCCACCACAAGGCGGAUUGCCCUCCAACAUCCAUACAAUUCUAAUUCAUAAUUGUCAUGAACUGAAGUCACUUGCAAAACAGGGAUGGCCUUCAAAUUUAAAAUCGCUUUAUAUUGGAUCUUGCGAAGACCUGUUUGUGGACGUGGACUCAUUUCCGGAGGAAGGGCAACUUCCCACAACUCUGACUCGUCUUAAGCUUGUGAAACUUCAAAAGCUUAAAUCAUUAAAUGGAAAAGCUCUUCGAGACCUGGUCUGCCUUAAACGACUCACCAUUAAUCAUUGCAAUCAGCUGCAGUGCUUGCCAGAACAAACGCUGCCCGAUUCUCUUUCUUGGUUGAAUAUCACAAGCUCUCAUAGUUGGCUAGCCGAGAGGUGCAAGAGAGAUACAGGGGAAGAUUGGCCAAAAAUUGCUCACAUCCCUCGCAUCAACAUUGUUGGCAAUUCAAAUGCAAUUGUAGAUUCGGAUGAGGAGUAGUUUUAAUGAACAUGUCCCUCUUUAGUUCUCUUUACUGCAGUUACAAUGUUGGAAGCAGAAGCGCUGUCAUUCACCAUAGCUGAUUCAAUACUGCCAAGCUUUUCGGUUUUCAUAUUCAGUUCUAGUUCUUCUUGCAUUUCAAUGAUAAGGAACCCUAUUGAAUACCAACAAUUCAGAAUUGGAGCUACUAUGGAAGAAAUUCUCACCUCUCCUAAAAGUCUCAGGCAGAAAUCAAAAGCAUUUGGAAAUUGGAAACUUUUUAUGUGAAGAUGGAAAUGGUAUAUAGCUCCAAAAUGUCUUUGAAUGAGAAAAAUACAUGAUGCACCUCUAUCCUCCAAUAUAUAUAACAGCUUUUCUCUAGAAGAACCACUGCGUUGAUUUCUCCUUUUCACCUUGUGCUAUGAAGGUGAAGAUGAUUUAGACGUUGCAAAAUUUCCCUUGCCUUGAUCUUAUCGUCUUGCCAGUUCGGAAGCUCAUAAAGUGUAUACCAUGUUGUAAAGCAGCCAUUCUAUGUCAGACACUACUUGAAUAUACUAGUCAAUAUUACUAAUUCAAUAAGAAGUAUCUUUCAUUGUUUGAGA